AACUAAUAAAAAACGGUACGCAUUGGUACCUAUGUAAAUUGUAAUGGUCAGGUAUUUAUUUUAAUUUUCACAUUAUUUGAAAAUUAAGCACAAUAUUGUGAAUAAAGUAAAUGUGGUGAAUAAAAUAUUCAAAAUGGUUGAAGCACAGAAAUAUCGAAUUGAGCAAGAAAUGACCAAUUUGGUCAAUGAACUAGACAAAAGUUAUUUGAGGAAAAUGCAAGGUGACAUGCACAGAUGUGCUGCAAAAUGUUGUGACGAUCCACAAACCUCUCUUGAAAGAGUACAUGGUUGCAUAGAAAAUUGUACAACAUCAUUGAAUCAAGCCAAUAAUUAUGUACAGAAUGAAAUCAAUCACUUACAAAAUAGAUUGCAGAGGUGUGUGAUGGACUGUAACGAUUCAGCGAGGGACAGACUUGGACCGGAUCCUAGUCAGGAGACAAUUGAUAAAUGCACUAUAGACUUCGAGAAAUGUGCAGUAAAGUGUGUUGACAAACAUAUUGGAUUACUACCUGGAAUGAUGAAGAGUAUGAAGAAAGUGUUGGCCAGCGGAAAACCCCCUCCAGUCUCAAACGAAUAAUCUAUCUAGUACCUGCAUCUGUUAUAGUCAUCACUCUCAAUGUUAGAGCGGUAUUGCCGAUCGUGCGCUCUUCCUCGCUCUGUUAGGUUAUACAAAACAUAUUGAUUUGAAGGUACUGUUAAUACGUAUUAUAAUAAUGUAAAUGUUUUCACUCACAGAAAUGAAGUUAAGCUUACCAAUAUCUUAUUUCGUGAUGCGAAGAUACCUUUCUUUAGAAGAAUGUUGUAUCACAUGGGGCAGUGUGACUUUUGUAAUCAUUGUGAAAGUUUACAUACAGACAAAGUGCAGAAAUCAAAAUAAAAGAAAAACUUGUUUGACAUGAGAACCUAUUUUUAUUAUAAUAGCAAUGAAUAUAAAAUUUUCUGUAUUUCUAGAAUUCUAGAGAAAGUAUACCUACAGUUAAACUUUACGUUAAUAGCGUCUGUAGCUUAACUGUCGAACUUUAUAACCAGCGUCGCAUAUCGUUCCAAGUACUGUGGUACGGGGAACGCAGGUGUUGUCAAGCACAAGACCACGUUACAACAACAAUACGCGUUUAUGAAACCUUUUCAUUAUAUUUUUAUCCUUUGCAUUUUUGUAUGAUAUAUUGUAUCAUACCUACACUGAUAAGUAAUUUUUUAUUGUGAAAUCUUGGCACUAUUCUAUUCUUCUUCUGACCAAGGGGCACCACAUGUCAGCCGCUGUCACCUUUAAUUUUUUUUUAAUUAGAUGAUAAUGGACAAACACAGAUCACAUAAAUAAAACAGUAAAGUCCGUUGUAAUUGAUUUAAAUUCAGAUACAUUGUAUUAUUAGCCUGUGCUGCAUAUCAUAUGUUUUGAGUAAUAAAUGAAAGUAUAUUAUAAAGUUCUUCGUAAUGUCGAUAGAUUAUUGUAAAUAAUAUAAAUUAUUGAUUCUGAAAAUAAUAUUUUUCAAUAAAAUGGCAAUUCUUCAUAAUUUUUUCCUUGACAGUACCUAACCUGAUUAUAAUAUAUUUUUUAUCCACCUGUGUCGGAUAAUAUAUUUUUAUAAUCGAACUAUAAUUAUUAGUACAUACAAUUAGGGCGAAUCAACAUGACAACUGGCUCGAAUGACGCUUGUGCAAAGUACAGUGUGCAAAAAACUUUUUUCCAUUUAAAUUUCUCAUAUGAAAACAAAUUAUAGGUAUAUUUUUUCAACUUUUAUAUAAUGUAUAUUAUUAAAUUGCAUAGAUGUACCUGUUUUAGGUAGUAACUUAUAGUUGUCAUUCUAUUUAUAUGGAAAUAAAACAAAUAAUAAAUACUUAUUCGUGUUUUUGGUUCGGAUUUAAUUAUUUACUUUAAAACUUUAUAUUUUUACUUUUACGCUGAAUCGCCACUUUUUUUUUAAAUUCUGCAAUCAGUCCCCAAACUAUGAGCAAAUGUGUUGAAAUUUUGUGGUAAGAGUGGUCUCCAUCGAACUUUUUUCCCUUUAUCUUAAGUCCAAUUCGACAAUGCUAUUUUGCUUGAGUCUCUUUGGAUGCUUUAAAGUUAGUAACUUCACUGCCAAUGGGGUUGGAUGAAUUGCUAACGUUCUUUGUAAUUUGAAGAUAAGAUAAGAUAUUAUUUUAAAUUUAAGUUCUUCAUGAAGUUCAUUGUUUUUUAGGAACAAUGGGGCAUUCGAUAUUUCUAAGGAUGCCAUUUUGGGCUCUCUGUAUUAUUGCAAUGUUGGAGUUGCAUGCUGAUCCCCAGAGCUGGAUACCGUAAGUCCAGAUUGGCCUUAGAACUACCUUGUAUAUAAGGAUUUUGUUAUCUAGACUUAGGACUGAGUUUCUUCCGAGCAACCAUUGUAAUCCUCGAUACUUAUGGUUGAGUUGCUCUCAUUACUUUUGAAGAUGUGCUUUCCAAGUAAGCCUUCGAUCCAGGUGCAUACCCAGGUACUUAACAGACUCAUUGUGUGGCGUCUCCUAGGUGAACAGGUGGACAGUCUCCUGGUCUGGAGCGACAGUAACGUAACCCACGUUACGAGACUUAGAUGUACCAGCUUUAAUUCGCCAUUUUUUGAGCCAGUCUUCAAUUUUGUCUAGUCCACACUGGAGCUUUUGUGAAGCGUGGUUGCAAUUAUUAUUAUUAUUGCUUGUUAUUACUUGCAAGGAUAGCGGUGUCGUCGGCGAACGUAGCGGUUACUACAUCAGGUGUUUCUGGCCGGUGACAUGUGUAGAUUGUGUACAGUACCGGACCCAGAAUCGAUCCCUGGGGUACUCCUGCCUUAAUAUCAUAGAACCUAGUUGUGUAUUCCACCGUCUUUGACUUGGAAUAUUCUUUCUGAGAUGUAUGAUCUAAGCAACCCAUAGAAAGGGUUUGGCAAAAGGCUGCCAGGCAGUAUUCUCUUUUCUCUAAUGACUUCCUAAUUUGGUAAAUAACUCUAUGUACUUGCUCGAUAGUGCCAUGCUCUUGUCUGAACCCAAAUUGGUGAUCUGGGAUUAUGGAUCCUUUUUUUAAGAUUGUUAUCAUCCUUGAAAAUACAAUUUUUUCGAAGAGCUUAGACAUUACAGGUAGGAGGCUAAUCGGUCUAUAUGAGACAACUUCAUUGAUAGGUCGUAGAGGUAUGAAUCGCCACUUUCAUUAAUUUCUUCUAUUCCAGAUAUGGUAUAUCGCUACAAUGGUCAUCUUUUUCACUUUCUGAAGAGCUUUUUCUACUCUAAGAGAUUUUUAAUUAUUAUCUGCAUGGUAUUUUUUCGAACUCGAAAAUUUAUCCUUUAUCCUUUCUCGCGUUCAAAAAAAAUACCUUGAGUAAAAUAUAUUGACUGUGUAUCGUUUUUUCUACCAUUUUAUUAGAAAAAGAAUAGGUAUUUCAAGAAAAAUGCCCAAACGUAACAAUGACAACAAAAAUUUAAAAAGACACGUGUAACUGUAACUGAGAUGCUAUCGCUACUGGCCUUGCAAGGCGACUGAGGGGCGCCGCGCAGGGAAGCGGGGGAUGCGUCGAGUUCGAGCCAGGUGUCAUGUUAAUUCGCUCGGCUGGUAUGUAUAUGUAUAAAAGUUUGUACUAUUUUCAAUACCUACAAUUAAAACUAUGAAUAAGCAUGUAUUCUUGAUAAAUAGUAUAUUGUAAUUAUCGGAAGAUAGUGUGCCAGAUAUUUGUUGAUUGCUAUACACAGGUCGUAGAAACAAUGGGAGAGUGUAAACAUCGACCCUAUAAUCCACACUCCUAUUAACUAAAUAUUCGCAAUGCAAACAAAUCAGAAAUUAAACCGAGGUGAGCGGGUCUAAGAAACUGAAUGCUCAUUGGUCAGAUGUGUAUGCGGUUGACUUCUGAAAUUGUUCGCCCUUUACUAGGCGUGUAUUUGUUAUAGGGCCGAUGAGUAUAUGUACAAAUAUCAAUACCUCAGUUCCAAAGAGUUAAUAAUUUUGAAAUUGGUUGUCAAAUCAAAUUCAAAAAAACAACUCGAAAUGUUACGGAAUAUAACGAAAAUAUCCUAGACUUAUGAAUAAAUAUUGGAAGUAAUAAUAAACUGGAUUCACUUAUCGGCUUGUUUUUCUGUGGUAAUGGUCGGUUAUCGUUUAUGGAACAAUUUCUGGUAAUGGCAAUCUUACUGAAUUUCAGACUUGUUGCACUUUGGAAUUGAGGUAACGUUAUGUUUAUAAUAAUUGGACGUAGUUCCUGAAAAACGUUCCAAGCCACAAAAACAUCACAUUUUAAGGAAUUUGUGUUUAAAGUUUAAUAAAUAUUAGUGUAUUCCAUAUAUGUGGGUUGGGCUACUAAAUCAUGAUGUCAUUUAAAGAGUGUAUGGCUGCCAUUUUUUGUCAGUCCGUUAAUGUGAAUUACGUGACCAGUUUUGUGUUCUUAACUCAAUGUCGACAAGAUUGUGGUUGUGUUUUUCUGAAAUUACGUCCAAUUGAGCUUGUUAGAAAUAAGCGUUUUGUAAAUACUGCAUUUUUGGUGAAUGUUAUAUAAAAUCAUUAAAGUUAUAUAAUUAUUAAAAA